CAUGCGCAAAAGGGUGGAGUUUCCUCACACACACACAGACACACUCACUCACACUGAGGCGGAGACUGCGGCGCCGUGGAAGGAAGGCCCUCCUCGUCGUCGGUCUGCCUUCUCUCUCUCUCUCCGCGUGAGGGAAGAAGGAUGCGGCGGAGGCCUCGCCCGGCUGGCAGUGACAACACCAUGAUCACUUAUUUUGCCAUUCUAAAGAUGGGUUGCCGUUACUGAUGGAAAGAAGUCCAAUAUGAGUGGAAAUGAUGUUGGGGGAAGAAGACGCUUUGAAGAUAGUGAGCAUACACUACACAUAUACCCUGGGAGUAUUGCUGAAGGGACCAUCUAUUGCCCUACUAUUGCACGAAAAACCUCCACUGCUGCUGAGGUGAUAGACUCUCUGAUUAACAAACUUCAGCUUGACAAAACAAAAUGCUACGUCUUGGCCGAGGUGAAGGAGUUUGGAGGGGAGGAAUGGAUCCUCAACCCCACAGACUCUCCUGUCCAGCGCAUGAUGUUAUGGCCUCGUAUGGCACUAGAGAAUCGCUUGAGUGGAGAGGACUACCGCUUCCUUCUGAGGGAAAAGAAUCUCGAUGGGUCAAUACAUUAUGCCAGCCUUCAAUCCUGGUUGCGAGUGACAGAAGAGCGACGCAGGAUGAUGGAACGUGGCUUCCUUCCUCAGCCACAGUACAAAGACUACGAUGACCUGUGUGCUUUGCCUGAUCUGAAUGAGCGGACACUCUUGGAAAACCUUAGAAACCGCUUUAAGCAGGAAAAAAUUUACACAUAUGUUGGGAGCAUACUAAUCGUCAUUAAUCCAUUUAAAUUUCUUCCCAUUUACAACCCCAAAUAUGUCAAAAUGUAUGAUAAUCAUCAACUAGGGAAGUUGGAGCCUCACAUUUAUGCAGUGGCUGAUGUAGCAUACCAUGCUAUGCUCUUGCGUCGGAGGAACCAAUGUAUUGUCAUUUCUGGAGAAAGUGGGUCUGGGAAAACGCAGAGCACAAACUUCUUGAUUCAUCACCUCACUGCUCUUAGCCAAAAAGGAUUUGCCAGUGGAGUUGAACAAAUCAUUCUUGGAGCUGGACCAGUGCUUGAGGCAUUUGGGAAUGCAAAAACAGCACAUAAUAACAACUCAAGUCGCUUUGGCAAGUUUAUCCAAGUGAAUUAUCAGGAGACUGGCACAGUGCGUGGCGCUUAUGUUGAAAAAUAUCUACUAGAAAAGUCCAGACUAGUCUAUCAGGAACAUAAUGAGCGAAACUACCAUGUAUUUUAUUACCUUCUGGCAGGAGCAAGUGAGGAAGAGAAGUCAGCAUUUCACCUUAAACAACCCGACGAAUACCAUUAUCUUAAUCAGAUGACAAAGAGACCCCCCAAACAGAGCUGGGAUGACUGUUACUAUGAGUCUGAGCCGGACUGCUUUACUGUUGAAGGGGAAGACUUGAAACAUGACUUUGAGCGUUUACAGUUAGCUAUGGAGAUGGUGGGUUUUUUCCCCAAGACUCGCAGACAGAUUUUUUCUCUCUUGUCGGCAAUACUACAUCUGGGUAACAUCUGUUACAAAAAGAAAACCUAUCGAGAUGAUUCUAUUGAUAUCUGCAACCCAGAGAUCCUACCUAUUGUCUCGGAGCUACUGGAGGUGAAAGAAGAAAUGUUGUUUGAAGCACUGGUUACAAGAAAGACGGUGACUGUUGGGGAGAAGCUUGUGUUACCCUACAAACUGGCAGAGGCUGUUACUGUCCGGAAUUCUAUGGCUAAAUCUUUGUACAGUGCACUAUUCGACUGGAUAGUUUUUAGAAUUAAUCAUGCACUUUUGAAUACCAAGGACCUCGAGGAGAGUACCAAGACUUUGUCCAUUGGAGUACUUGAUAUUUUUGGGUUUGAAGAUUAUGAAAGUAAUAGCUUCGAACAAUUCUGCAUUAAUUUUGCAAAUGAACGUUUACAGCACUAUUUUAACCAACACAUCUUUAAACUGGAGCAGGAGGAGUACAGACUUGAAGGCAUCAGCUGGCAUAACAUAGACUACAUUGACAAUACUGGUUGCAUAAACCUCAUCAGUAAAAAACCAACAGGAUUGCUCCAUCUUCUGGAUGAGGAAAGCAAUUUCCCGCAAGCCACAAAUCAAACACUACUAGACAAGUUUAAGCGUCAGCAUGAAGGGAACCUCUACAUUGAAUUCCCAACUGUGAUGGAGCCUGCUUUCAUUAUAAAACAUUAUGCUGGGAAAGUUAAAUAUGGUGUGAAGGAUUUCCGGGAAAAGAAUACUGAUCAUAUGCGGCCGGAUAUUGUGGCACUCCUAAGAAGCAGCAAAAGUGCCUUUAUCUGUGGAAUGAUCGGGAUCGAUCCCGUUGCUGUUUUUCGCUGGGCGGUCCUCAGAGCUUUCUUCAGAGCUUCAGUGGCAUUUCGGGAGGCUGGGAAACGGUACACUGAAAAGAAACCUGGGCAUGAUGAUGCGGUUUUGAAAAGUGUGGAUAGUUUUAGCUUUCUCCAUCACCCAGUUCACCAGAGGAGCUUAGAGAUCCUGCAGAGAUGCAAGGAGGAGAAGUACAGUAUUGCCCGAAAACACCCAAGGACACCCCUUUCAGACCUUCAGGGCGUUAACACAAUCAAUGAGAAAGCCCAACGAGAUGCCUAUGGGGUUGGCUGGAAUAGCAGGAUGUGUGUCCGACAGAGCCGGCUCUCCAAUCAUAGCAGUUUUCUGGAUAAAGAUGGAAUAUUUGUGAAUUCUACGAACAGCAAGCUUCUGGAGAGAGCCCAUGGCAUUCUCAUGAGAAACAAGAACUUCAAAGCCAAACCUAACCUUCCAAAGCACUUGCUGGAAGUGAAAUCCCUCAAGCACCUUGCGAACCUGACUCUUCAUGACCGUAUCACAAAAUCUCUCCUCCAUCUUCACAAGAAAAAGAAGCCCCCAAGCAUCAGUGCACAGUUCCAGACUUCACUUACCAAACUGAUGGAGACUCUUGGCCAAUCAGAACCCUACUUUGUCAAGUGUAUUCGCUCCAAUGCUGAAAAGCUUCCUCUGAGAUUCAGCGACAACCUGGUGCUUAGGCAGUUGCGCUACACAGGGAUGCUGGAGACGGUGCGCAUUCGGCAGUCUGGGUACAGCUGCAAAUACUCUUUUGAGGACUUUGUAGACCAUUUCCAUGUACUACUUCCACGAGGCACUGUCCCAUCAAAACAAAAUAUCCAAGAUUUCUUCAGGAAGACAAAGGUGGACUCCGAGAUUUACCAAGUGGGGCAAACAAUGGUGUUCCUGAAAGAGCAGGGGCGGCAGCUUUUACAAGGCCUCUUGCAUGAGGAGGUGCUGCGGAGGAUCACCUUGCUGCAGAGCUGGUUCCGGGCUAUGCUCCACAGAAGGCACUUCCUUAAUUUGAGGCAGGCAGCUACUGUCAUUCAGAAAAAUUGGCGUCAUUAUUUGCUAAGAAAAAAAGCUGAGUCAGAAGAGGCCGUGGAUAAUUCAGCCCAUUUAGACAAGGCCGCAGUUGUCCUUCAAGCCCACUGGCGAGGCUGUGUGGCAAGGAGAAGGUUCCAGCAGAUGCGGAUGGCGGGGUUUACGAUCCAGAGCUAUUGGCGGAAAUGUCUAAGACGGAGGCAUGCGGCAGCUACUACCAUCCAGGCAAAAUGGCGGACCUACCGUACCAGAAGACUCUAUAGGGACACCAGGAACAAAGUCAUUUUGUUGCAAGCAGCAUACAAAGGAUGCAGAGAACGAGAAAGAUUUAGAACUUUAAAGCAUCAGAGCUUGAGAAGAUCUAAACUGAAAAAUGGACUAGCAGCUCAAGAAGAUGGGCGAGAACAAGGGGAUGGUUUGGACAUUAAGGGUUCAGACCCCUCUGACUGGGAAGACGGUUCAUUUGAAAAGAGAGUGAAAGAUGUCGAAGAGCAUAAAUCAGAGCUGGAAAAUAGAGUCGGUCAAAUAGACCCCCUGGAUAAUUCUCGGACUUCGCUGUAUAAACACCAUGAAAGAGCCAACAGCCAGAGUGGAACAAACCUGGAAGAGCAAGUUGUUGUGAGAGAGAGACCAAAGUCGCUGGAAGACCUCAAUCAGAAAAAAGGAGUGCGUGCAAAACGAGAGAGCCGUCGGAUGCGUGAAUUGGAGCAAGCCAACUUCAGUUUGGAGUUGCUCAAGGUCCGCUCCACUGGUGGGACAUCGCCGUCAGAGGAGCGCCAGUGCUCCCCGGAGUGGAUUUCUGAGGAGGGCCACUCUCCCCAGGGAACCCCAGAGAGUGAAGUCUCUCAAGGAAGUCUAGAGAUGCUGAGCCACGAAGAGAUCCUGAAAGAGAAGCUGCAGGAGCAGGAUGCCCAACCUUUUCCUAGAAACUCAGUACUGAGUAGCCCUCAACUGGGCGAAAUUCAAGACAUCCCCAUGUUUGCUGCCGAUGUAAAUAGCAAUGUGCCAGAUAGAAAACAGACAGUGUCAAGUUCUGAAUUACCCAAGUGCCUUGCAACUACAGAGCGGCCAGUUCGUGACCUACAGGGAGUAGUUCAUAAUGUGCACGCAAGAGAACCACUCAUUUCAAGCAACCUCCCUACCUUUUACUUGCCCCCAAAAGACAAUCUGAAAUCUGGACAUUCGGUAAUACAGAACAAUUUAAGGAACAGGCAGACGGAAGUGCGGGACACACCUUUUCUUCCAGAAGUAAAAAAGAAUCCUCAAUUGGACAGCUACCAUGGAGAAUGUCUGCCUUCCUUCAGCAGAGAAGAGGGCUUCGCUCUUCAAGCUUCAGAAGGGCCUUCUUCAGAUUCCAUUCUCAAGAAGCUGGAGAAGCUCAAUGUGGAGAAAGAGGAGCGAAGGAAACAAAAACAGCUUCAGAAUGAGAAAGAAAUGAUGGAGCAGAUUCGACAGCAGAAGGAAAUUUUGGGCAAACAGCGUAAAGUUUUUGAAGAGUUUGAGCGGCAAGAGAAUGAGCAGAACAGAAUCCGAGAGUUCUCCCAAGGAGCCUCUCUCAAGUCACCAAAGAAAAUAGCCGAGCCUCAGCCUGCAAAUCCCCAAAACAAAGGGGAGUAUUGCCCUUCGACGGUCCCAGAGACCACAAUGUCUUUGAAUAGUACAGCUUUCACUGCCCUCAAAAAAGAAAGCCCACCUGCCAGCAAGAUGACCCAAAAGGAAAAGACUAUUGUCAUGAUCUUGGAACGAAAAGAAGAUCGGGUCCCAGAUGCCAAGGAACAGUCAACCGGUACAGAACAGUUAAACUCACAGGUGGCUACCAACUCUCAGGAAGGCUUGAGCAAUCCAUCUGCAAGGGAGAGGAGGUUCCGGUUGCCCAGAAUCCCAAGCCAAGGCUCUGAAAACUUACCUGGUGAAACCAGAGCUGGUCCCAUUUUUUUUACCCCAAAGGACUGUUACAUGGGUAGUAGCCAAGAAUCUUCAACACGUCUUUUGGCUUCAAAAGAAGAACAUAAGAAACCUCUGAAGAUUUCUGGACCAUUCAGGGGCGAGCAGGUUGCCAGACCGGCCCAUAAAAAGAAAGCCCGCAUGGCACGGACACGCUCCAAUUUCUUGACUAGAGGUGCUUGUGCGGAUUGGGAGGGGGAUACGGAGGAAGAGGAUUGUGAGGACAGUUUUGAAUUCCUUCUCUCCCUUGACCAUCCUCCUCACCCUGAGCCCGGCUGUGCAGCCAGACUUGGGCAGCCCUGUCACAGUGACUCUGAAAUGAUGCUGCAGCGAUUCACAUCGAGUGAAGGCCAGGCAAAGCUUCAUAAAACCAUGUCUCAAGGAGAAAUUGGAAAGCUGGCAUCUUCGCAGAAGAUUGGAGCUGCAGAUGGGAGCAGACCUCAAAAAGCCAAGAUGAAAUUCUGGGGGAAAGGAAAACAGGGAGAGAAGAAAAUGAGCAGGGAGAAGCUUGCCACCCAGUCGGAGCUGCUGGAAUUUUAUUCGAGUCAAGAUUCAACAGGGCUACAGCUUGAUGAAGAGCUGACUCCCCCAAGGAGCCCGGAAUUGUCUGGCCUCUAUCGAAGGGAAUGUAAGGAAAACAAAGAGCCAUCUCCCAAAGUGAAGCGAAAGCGCAGCCUGAAAAUCAGCAGCGUCACUAUGGAACCUGCCCAGUGGCAGAACGAUGCUCUUCAGAUCAUCACCAGUGCCAGAGACUUGAAAAGCAUGGAUGAAUUUCUUUUGAAAAAGAUGAACGAUCUGGAUAGUGAAGAUUGUAAAAAGGACACAAUGGUGGAUGUUGUCUUUAAAAAGGCCUUAAAAGAAUUCCGACAAAAUAUUUUCAGUUUCUACUCUUCAGCUUUGACAAUGGGCGAUGGAAAUAGCAUCCGGUACAAAGACCUGUACGCCCUUUUUGAACAGAUUCUGGAGAAAACGAUGAAGUUUGAACAGAGGGACUGGAAUGAAUCCCCUGUUCGGGUCUGGGUCAACACCUUCAAAGUGUUUUUGGAUGAAUAUAUGACAGAAUAUAUGCCGCUGGAUUAUACUGCCCUAAAGAUGACCAAAACAGAAAGAAAGAAAAGAAGGAAGAAGGAAACGGAUGUUGUAGAAGAACAUAACGGUCACAUUUUUAAGGCCACUCAGUACAGCAUACCCACAUACUGUGAAUUCUGUUCCUCCUUGAUUUGGAUAAUGGAUAGAGCCUCUGUUUGCAAAUUAUGCAAAUAUGCCUGCCACCGAAAGUGCUGUCUCAAGACCACGACAAAAUGUUCCAAAAAGUAUGAUCCUGAGCUGUCUUCACGGCAAUUUGGAGUUGAACUCUCCCGUCUGACCAGCGAAGAGCGGACAGUGCCAGUACUCUUUGAAAAGCUCACCAAUUAUAUAGAAAUGCACGCACUCUACACAGAGGGCAUCUACCGGAAAUCUGGAUCAACCAAUAAGAUUAAAGAGCUGCGGCAGGGACUUGACACAGAUAUUGAGAGCAUAAACCUUGAUGACUACAACAUCCAUGUCAUUGCCAGUGUGUUCAAGCAGUGGCUACGGGAUCUUCCUAAUCCUCUCAUGACAUUUGAACUUUAUGAUGAAUUUCUGCGAGCAAUGGGCUUGCAGGAGAGGAAGGAAGCCAUCCGUGGAGUAUACUCUGUCAUUGAUCAGCUUUCUCGCACUCAUCUUCAUACCUUGGAAAGGCUGAUCUUUCACCUCGUCAGGAUUGCCCUGCAAGAGGAGACCAACCGAAUGUCUGCUAAUGCCUUGGCCAUUGUAUUCGCUCCAUGUAUUCUUCGUAGCCCUGACACCAUGGACCCUCUGCAGAGUGCUCAGGAUGUCAGCAAAACCAUCAGCUGUGUGGAGCUGAUAGUUAUUGAGCAGAUGAAUAAAUAUCGGGCCCGGCUCAAAGACAUCAGCAGCCUGGAGUUUGCAGAGAACAAGGCCAAGAGUCGACUGUCGUUGAUUCGCAGGUCCAUGAAACCUGUACUAAUUGCCGUUAGAUUUAUGAGCAUAACCCGCAGCUCAAUCCCGGGGAAAGGGCGUGCACGUCGAGGGACCUACCCAAGCCCCUCAUCACCGGCCCCAGUCCGAUUACCCUCGGUGUCGGAUGUUCCUGAAGAAGCGCUGAGCAGCGAGGAAGCAAUGGAGAUGGAUGUCACCGAACAGCAACAAGUCGCUAUGCAGCAGGAAGAGAGGGUGCUGACGGAACAAAUUGAGAGCCUGCAGAAAGAAAAGGAAGAGUUAACUUUUGAGAUGCUAGCACUGGAGCCACGGGCCUCUGACGAUGAGACUCUCGAAUCUGAGGCUUCAAUUGGCACAGCAGAUAGCUCCGAAAACCUCAACUUUGAUUCUGAAGGAACCGUCUCAGACAGAUCAGACAGAAGUUUAGCGCUUGGCUUGACAAGACCCGGCAAGACGGAGCCUGUAGGUUCCACCAGAACGCGACGCCAUCUGAGAAAACAGCAGGAAUCGGUGGAUUCCGUGGACUCCUCGGUUUCUUCUCCUGCUGUGUCGCCCUCCUCCUCCUCCUCCUCCUGCUUACCUCACGUAACUCGGAAACGGUUCCAGAUAUACUCCAAGUCCCCCUUCUACCGAGCGGUCCCCUCUGGAGGCGGUGCCACAGCGGAGCGCUCCCCGGGCCUCCUCAUUAAGGGUUUGGACGACCGGCCUCAGUUCACCACCCGGGGGACAUUCAACCCUGAAAAAGGCAAACAGAAACUGAAGAAUGUGAAGAACUCUCCCCCCAAAGCCAAAGAGCUCCCUGAGGGGGCUGCUGGGACAAGCAGGAAGAGGCACCCCGAUGCCGCCGAUUAUGCCGGUCCCCAGCAGCUGGUGCUGCUUGGAAACAAUGAGUUCAUGGUAUGAGCCAGUGUGUCGCAGCAGCAUGGAGAACAUCUUCUUCUAGGCAUUGUCACUUCAGCACCAUCCGUUGCCACCUCCAUUGCCGGAACGGCUGCCAUUCCCCAAGUCAGCUUCUCCUCUUGACUCAUUGCUUGGAGCCCAGUGCAGAAGAGAGAGAGAGAGAGAGAGAGAGGAGGCCAACGCGUGAACAGAAGCCAGGGGAGGAAAGCUCCGUUGUGGCCUUAACUGAUGCAACUUCUGGAACUCAAUGAACUUCUGAGUGCACCAGGCUGGGAAUGGGCAGCCAGACCAUCAAGGUGAGGGGAGGACGGCUGCUAGGCCGUGACCGCGAUUCCCAUCAGCCCCCGAUUGUGUCUUCUGUGGGCAAGGGAAGGUGCUUGCCAGCCAGGAGUGCUCGGAGGUCUGUUGGGAGUUCAGGGAGCUGGUCCUGAUGGUCAGAGCUGCUGUGCUGACGUUGGGAUUGGGUAUUUGCACUGGGAUCAAUCAGCAUGGACUUUCCUAGAAGAGGAAACGGAGCCCUUUGUUCAGAGCUAUUUAUAAUGCACUCCAUAGUGUUGUGGGACGAUAGACAAACACUCCUGUCCACUCAAGCACUUCUCAGACAUCCACCAGGUAGAAACCUGUGGUGGGAAAUAAUUAUUUGUUUGUCUCUUUGUUUCCUUUCAAGCUCAUUUGUUUCAUAAUGUUUUAAUAACCAAUGCCAGUUUGAUUCCAGGUAGGUCGAAGCCAAAUAUUUGUGCCGAAUUUCCAGUAGCCAUAACCACCACGUUUCCUGCGUUGUCCAGGUGCAGGAUCAGAUUUUUGGGAAAGCAAAAGAAAUAUUAGGAGGUAGAACAUGCGUUUUUUUUCUGACUGUGCCCCAAAUUUGCAGGGAAUUUGCAUAUUCUGCCAGACAGGAAAAAAACAAAUGGGUGCCCCAAAUAAUCUGUGCAGGGAAUUUGCAAAUUCUGCCAGACAGGAAAAAAAAACAAAUCACACUCAGAAUUGCUUUAUCGAAGCAAAACGCAAUCCAUCAGAAGGCUGCUGUUACUGCCAGUCUGUCAAAGAAGUGGCUUCACGUCAUUUACUUUGCUGAACCAUCAGUAUUAAAAGGCACACACAAAAAACAAAACCCACCAGACUACUUGAAGCUCUUCGUUAGUAUUAUGGUUACUGAAGUUAAAUGUAAAUAAAACGUCUUAUUUUUUACAAAAACUUUUGUUUUUUCCACAAUGUGGGCCAUUUUUUAAUCUGGGACAUUUAAGCCGGAAAGAAAAAACAACAACAGGGGAAAGUACUGGAUACUUGAGAUCUCUCCGCAGUAAGGAAUUGUUAUUUUCCAGCAGUUCUGGGGGAUCACAGGAUCUAGAAGUUUGCCCUUCUUGUUUAAAUUACUGUGAAUGCCUGGGAAGAGUCUUUCCUUUUUCACGUUGGCCGUAAGGUCUUCCAAACGGGCUCUUUGGAACCCCCUCCUUCAUUGGGGCAUGGGAUUGCCCCAUGGCCCUGUUGUAACAGCAUGGUGGGAAACACUGGGUGGGAUGUGUUGUCAAAGGCAUUCAUGGCCGGAAUCAUUGGGUUGACGUGAGUUUUCCAGGCUGUCUGGCCAUGUUCCAGAAGCAUUUUCUCCUGAUGUUUCACCCACAUCAAUGGCAGGCAUCCUCAGAGGUUGUGAGGUCUGUUGAACUAGAUAAGGGAGGUUGUAUCUGUUGAAGGUCCAGGGUGAGAGAAAGAACUCUUGUCUGUUGGAGGCAAGUGCGAAUGUUGCAAUUAAUCCCCUUGAUUAGCAUUUAUUUACAGUAUUUAUAUUUAUAUAAAUAGCAUUUAAUGGCCUUGCAAUUUCAAGUCCUGGGUCGUUGCUGCCUGGGGGCAUCCCUCGUUGGGAGGCGUUAUCUGGCCCUGAUUGUUUCUUGUGGACAAGCAUGUGGAUAAUUUCAACAGAAAGGAGGAAACCAUGAAAAUGAACAAAAUCUGGCUACCAGUAUUUUAAAAGACUCUAAAAUCGGGACAGUAAGUAAAGAGGAACGCUCAAAAAGCAGGGGAAUUCCACACCUCCUAAGAAAGGAUUCCCCCAGGCAGCUAUGAGCCAGGCCUUGAAAUUGCAAGGCCAUUGAAUGCUCAUCAAGGUGGAAAGUUGCAACGUUCACACCCGCCUCCAGCAGACAAGAGUUCUUUCUCCCACCCUAAACAUUCCACAGAUAUAUAAACCUCACUGACUUAGUUUCCAACAGAACUCACAACCUCUGAGGAUGCUGGCCAUAGGUGUGGGCGAAAUGUCAGGAGAGAAUGCUUCUGGAACAUGGCCAGACAGCCUGGAAAACGCACAGCCAUCCAGUUUCUUCUGGGGAAGAUAAAAGCCUUGUCUGUGUUUCUGCUUGUCCUGUCUUCCAGCUUUGCAGGCAUUCUUCCCUUGCCCCCCAAGAACAGCCCAUAAGUGUGGUGCUUCACCCCAUUUUCCACUCCAUGGUAUUAAGUGAAUGUACUCACCACCAGGAAGGACAUUGGCUGCAUCUAAUUAUUUUUAAUGGAAAUUUCAAAAGUAAUUUAUAAGUAUCCUGAGUGUAAAUUUUCAAAGCAGACUCUGUAUUGUCAAAGGAUAUUAUUUUGUCCUGUGUCAUCUUCUAGACCUUUGACUUGUUUGAAGAAGAACUCGGAUCAAGGAACAUGUGUUGAUUUGGCCCCCUCCGCCGGGUGGGGGGCCAAAUGCAGUCAGGGAUGCAGCCAACCAGCACGUCGUAACUCCAUGUCUGGAAAGUUCCUUUCGUGUUUGUUUGGGUUUUUUUAAUGUUAUUUUCCUUAUGUUCUGGAACGAGGCCGUCAUAUUUAAAGUGCAAUUUGUGUAAUAUUUGGUAAAUAUGAUACUCUAUGGCUGUACAAAAAACAACUUGAUGAACAAAUAACCCUUCGCUUAUUAAAGAACAAAGCAAUGGCAAAUAAAA